AUGGGAUUCCUCAGGAAGUUCUCCAAGCAGACCCGCAAGCUCAAGUCCCUUCUCGAGCUCACCGUCUCACGUGUAGCCAUCGCCCGCAAGCCGCGCCUUGCUCGCAAGUCCAUUGCCUCCGGCGACGUCUGCCAGCUCCUCUCCCUCGGCCAAACCGACCGCGCUCUCCAGCGUGUAGAGCAGGUCAUAAAGGAGGACAACAUGUUGGAGGCGCUCGGCAUCAUAGAGCUCUACUGCAAGUGCCUUGUCAAGAAAGCCGAUCAGCUAGACAAGCCCAAGGAAUGCAGCGAGGAGGUAAAGGAAGCGGCUGCCGGCCUCAUAUUUGCUGCCAAGCGGUGCAGUGACCUGCCGGAGCUGCAGUCUGCCCGCAAGAUCCUCGCCGACAAGUUCGGCGACGAUUUCACUGCCGACGCCAAGGUGGGCACCGCGGUCGUCGACCCGAUGCUGGUGUGGAAGUUGUCCGGAGACACGACAAGCAUUAGCCUGAAGAAGAAGGUGACCAAAGAGAUCGCCGCCGAGAACAAUAUCUCGCUGGAUUUGUCCAAGUCCCCAUAA